AUGCAGCGACUGCAAGAUAGAGCCAGCAAUGAGGCGGAAGAUUUUGUUUGGCCAAUCGAAAGACGAGAUCCAUUUCACGACGAUAACAACAGAUAUCACGUCCUGAGUGCUGCUCUUUUCAGAAUUCCAGAACACAUUCUGAGAGAAUACACGUCCAAUCAACUUAUGGAGCAUGUCAAUCGCCUAAGUGAAGACCUCGAAGCUAGAAGACACGAGAUGAGAGCAGAUACAAUUGCACUUCGACUCGCAAGGCGAAUUCUGGUGACUUCCACACCUCGUGACCCAACAGGUAGAAGCUUAUCGGAGAGAGCAGCCGAGGCACUGGUAAGAAGAGCUCGCAAUAUACCGUCACUUCUCACAGCCAUAGACAUUAGCGGCCUCGUCGAUAGCGAAGUAGACCGCGAGUGCAUCAUAUGUACCAACGCCUUCGGCAGUGUUGCAGAAGGUCACGCUGCUGAGGAGCCAUGUGGGCUCCCUUGUGGUCACGUUUUCGGUCGAACAUGUAUCUCCCUAUGGCUGAAAGAACAUACCUCUUGUCCGUACUGCCGACGGAACUUCUCAGCCGAACUUAGUCGGACACCAGCUAGUCCAGCUCUCAUCCAGGGUCCGUCAGUGGCUAUCGAGCCGUCACGCGAAAUCUCAGCCGACACGCGACGUGAGGCACAACAGGCGCAAUCCGAAAGACGAAGAGAACUUCGACAAAGGAACACAGCGGAAGAUCUUUUUCAGCAUAAUGCAGUCCGGACCAAUAGUACCAUCGCCGAACCACAUAACACCGAAGAUCCUGAAGCACCAGCUGGCGAUUCCACCUUUCAAUCCGAGUUAGCGGCUGCUGUCCGUGUAAGUGUGGCGCAAAUCCAUCAGGAACAGCUCGAAGCCAGAGAAGCAGCACAUACGGCAAUGAUCGCACCCAUCAGAGGUGCAGUAAGGACCACAAUGCAAAUGACCCAGUCCGGGAGCGAUGUUCGGAGACGUAUCCGAAGUUGGAGGAUCCAAGAGCUCGAAAGCCAACUUGCAGAUGAUCGUAUGUCUGAGAACGCCAUUCUUAUCGGUCAAAUCUACUACCAAGAUCACAUGGACUGCCUUGAUCGGUACCUAGUCAACCUGAACAAUGAGCGCGAGGUAAUCCUGAACGACAUGCAAGGAAAUCGUGGCGAGAAUCCAAUCCUCCGCCGUCACGAUCGCCUCCUCGAUGACACUUACCGACUGCGAUCCCUACUUCAACAAGCGGAACAACAAGCAGAGCUCGAGAUCCAACGGUUGCGCGUUGACAUCGAACAAGCCCACAUCAGUAUUGAUGAUGCGUAUAUCCACAGCGCAUUUCAAGACGACGCUGAAACACAUGAGGAUCUGGAUGCAAUCUUUAAUGAAGACGUUGUCGAGAUAACCCUCGACUACGGAGACGAUGACAGGGAACCCCGAGUCCCAAACAAUUCCCCCAAUCUUGAGGACGGGGAAGUUGUUCAAAACGAGACAGAACAGCUCCCGGAGAUACUCUUGUGA